AUGGCAAAUCGUGUUUUGAGUCGUGUCCACAGUCUCCGUGAGCGCCUGGACGAUACUCUUGCCUCUCAUCGUGAUGAAAUAGUACUAUUUCUAUCAAGGCUUGAAAGCCAUGGAAAGGGAAUUCUAAAGCCUCACCAGCUUCUCGCCGAGUUCGAGUCCAUUAUCCAAUCGGGUGAUGCUAAAGGACUUCAAGAUCAUGCCUUCAAACAAGAAGCAAUCGUGUUGCCUCCUUGGGUUGCGCUUGCUAUCCGGCUAAGGCCAGGUGUGUGGGAAUACAUACAAGUCGAUGUUAAGGCAUUGGCCAUGAAGGAACUAACCGUGCCCGAAUAUCUGCAAUUUAAGGAAGAUCUUGUGGAUGGACCUUUGAACGGCAACUUUGUCCUCGAGCUCGAUUUCGAACCAUUCACCGCGUCUUUUCCGAAGCCGACGCUCACAAAGUGGAUAGGUAACGGCGUGGAGUUCCUAAAUCGGCACCUCUCGGCAAAAAUGUUUCACGACCGAGAUAGCAUGACCCCACUCCUCGAUUUCCUCCGGUCCCACCACUAUAAGGGCAAGGCCGAGGAGUACCUAUCCACACUUUCUCUGGACACGCCGUACGAGGAUUUCGAGCACAAAUUCCAAGAAAUCGGGCUCGAGAGAGGGUGGGGAGACAAAGCCGUGCGCGUGUCCGAAAUGAUAUCUAUGCUUCUCGACCUUCUAGAAGCUCCCGAUUCUUGCACUCUAGAAAGAUUUCUCGGGUGGGUCCCUAUGGUCUUCAACGUUGUCAUUCUUUCGCCUCAUGGAUAUUUUGCUCAGGAGAAUGUCUUGGGUUAUCCGGACACCGGUGGCCAGGUUGUCUACAUUUUGGAUCAAGUUCCGGCUUUGGAGCGUGAGAUGGUCAAACGUAUUAAGGAACAAGGACUUGAUAUCGAGCCACGGAUUCUCAUUGUGACUCGAUUACUUCCAGAUGCAGUUGGAACAACUUGUGGCCAAAGGCUCGAGAAGGUUUUUGGAACCGAGCACUCGCACAUUCUCCGAGUCCCUUUCAGAACAGAGAAAGGGAUUGUUCGGAAAUGGAUUUCUCGAUUCGAGGUGUGGCCAAACAUGGAAACUUUCACCGAGGACGUCGCUAAAGAAAUUACGGCAGAACUGCAAACGAAGCCCGAUUUGAUAAUUGGCAACUAUAGUGAGGGGAAUCUUGCAGCUUCCUUGCUUGCUCACAACUUCCUUGCUUCCAUGACGUGCGGGCUCCCGAAUUUCGCCACCGUGCACGGCGGGCCCGCCGAGAUUAUCGUGCACAGGAAGUCGGGCUUUCACGUCGACCCGUACAAUGGGGAGGAGGUCGCGGGUGUAUUGGUCGAUUUCUUCGAGAAGUGCGAGGCGGACCCCGCGCAAUGGGACGCAAUCUCGGUUGGCGGCUUGAAGCAGAUUGAGGAGAAAUGUGUCCUCAAAGACAAGUCCAAGCCCAUCCUAUUCACCAUGGCCCGUCUCGACCGCGUCAAGAACCUCACCGGCCUCGUCGAGCUCUACGCCAACUGCCCCCGCCUCCGCGACCUCGUCAACCUCGUCGUGGUCGGCGGUGACCGCCGCAAGGAGUCGAAAGACCUCGAGGAACGAGCCGAGAUGAAGAAAAUGUACGACCUGAUCGAGACCCACCACCUGAACGGUCAGUUCAGGUGGAUCUCGUCCCAGAUGAACCGGCUGCGCAACGGAGAGCUCUACCGCUGCGUAGCCGACACCAGGGGCGCUUUUGUCCAACCUGCGUUUUACGAGGCGUUCGGGCUCACGGUGGUCGAGGCCAUGACGUGCGGGCUCCCGACCUUCGCCACCGUGCACGGCGGGCCCGCGGAGAUCAUCGUGCACGGGAAGUCGGGCUUCCACAUCGACCCGUAUAACGGGGAGGAGGUCGCGGGUCUCGAUCGGCGGGAAAUCAGGCGGUACCUUGAGAUGUUCUACGCGCUCAAGUUCCGUAAACUGGCUGAAGCUGUUCCUCUGGCUGUUGAUCUCGGCUCCGCGGUGCGAUGCAUCGACGUGGCAGGACGUUAUGGUUGUCGCAUGUGUGGUCGCGGCGCGAAGGGUGUGCAGCGCCGCGGUGUGAGGCAUGCAGCAACGGCGUCACGAGCUAUCCCGCGGCGCGAUGGUAGAGCUGUGUCGCGGCGCGACGGGCGACGCGGCGUGACAGCAGUGAAGGCUAGCUCUGCAGGGGCGUGGCGAGCGCUUUCGCGGAUCUGCUCCGGCGUUCCCUCACGAGAUCGGGCGUUCUCCACCGUCCGUUCUCGCACGAUUACUCAAAUUUGCUUUCCACAAGUUCUCUCGCUUUGCACUUCUAUUUUGUUUGUUGAUGGCAAAGUUGCCUGUCAGCACGCGGUCAUUAGUAGCACUGUGGUGGAUUCAUCUUCUGAGGAGGAAGAGGAGGAUAUUUCAGUUAACGUUGCAAACAACGCAAAGUCUGAGUCAAAGGCCACGGAACAGAAACCCGCUGAUGGUGAGCAGGGCAAUGCUUCGAAAGAGAAAAAAUCAGAUGCUGGCAAUGGAAAAGCAGUGGUUCCAGAGACUGAAAGUGGAAGCAGCGAUGAAGACUUGAUAUCUGAUGAUGACGAUGACUCUGAGGCUGAAACAAGCGAGAAGCGGCCGGUUGAAUCUGCUAUCAAUACCCCUGUGCCCAACAAGGCAGAAGCAACCCCACAGAGAACUGAUGGAAAGAAAAACAACGUCCAUGUAAAUACACCUUACCCUUCAAAGCCACAUGACAUGGUCACAUUCAGUGAACCAAACCAGCAGACACAAGAAUCCGUAGGAUCAUAUUUCUCCUGCAAGAGCUGCCAUAAAAUAUUUGUCAACGAGAAAAGUCUGGAAUCCCACUCGAAAGCCAAGCAUGGUGGUGACUCGAUUACUUCCAGGGCCAAAGGCUCGAGAAGGUUUUUGGAAUCGAGCACUUGCACAUUCUCUGAGCCCCUUUCAGAACAGAGAAAGGGAUUGUUCGGAAAUGGAUUUCUCGAUUGGAGGACGUCGGCAGAACUGCAAACGAAGCCCGAUUUGAUAAUUGGCAACUAUAGUGAGGGGAAUCUUGCAGCUUCCUUGCUUGCUCAGAACUUCCUUGCUUCCAUGACGUGCGGGCUCCCGAAUUUCGCCACCGUGCACGGCGGGCCCGCCGAGAUUAUCGUGCACAGGAAGUCGGGCUUUCACGUCGACCCGUACAAUGGGGAGGAGGUCGCGGGUGUAUUGGUCGAUUUCUUCGAGAAGUGCGAGGCGGACCCCGCGCAAUGGGACGCAAUCUCGGUUGGCGGCUUGAAGCAGAUUGAGGAGAAGUACACAUGGCAGAUUUACUCGGAUAGGCUGCUGACUCUGGCCGGAGUGUACGGUUGGCCGGAGUGUACGGCUGAAGCUGUUCCUCUGUCUGUUGAGUGAUGAUAUUUCAAGUAAUUUCUCAUCUGGUGGUGAUCGAAAUUUUCAAAUGCUCUAUAGAUAUAUGGGACAGUGAAAAAUGGCGCAACCAAAUAACUUGCUUAAUUUGUACUGCAACUUAAUUUCUUAUUCUGAAUUUGACCAGUUAUUCAGAUUUUUCUUGCAAACUCACCAGCGUGAAUCAUGUGUGUUUCUAGAGUCUGAACUAUUAUCGAAUAAUGAAGAUUGGAAUGUGAUGUGUACCUUGACAUACUUGCAUCUUAAUAAAAGAAAUGAUUCUUGAGAAUGGCUACUGUAUUCAUUAG